UCACGUUCGCUGUUUGUUCGAUGUUCGUUUGCAGUAGGUCUGUUCGAGUUGCUUAAAAUCCUCAAAAAUUUUUGCACUCGAGAUGAGAUAAAUAUAUAUUCGAUCGUAAGAAAGACAGAGACGACAAAGAAAUUAAUUCAAAAAGGGCAGCAACACGAACAGGCCUAGUAUUUCUAGCUUUAGAUCUAACCUAACUCGAGUGCGAGUACCGCGAGAGCGCGCUGUGAUUGCGUUGAGAAGUGCGGAAGGGGUAGACCACUGCUGUUGGUGUCUUCCUCGAGGAGGAGCAGAAGUGGUAGAAGCGGACGGUCAAGGAGUUCAAAUGUUGGGUCGCGUGUACCAUCUGCGCCUGACCAACAAGCAACCGGACCGAUUUAUUUUGCGCCCGUCCGACCACUUAGUUGCGCGUUGAGGAGCUUAACUGCGACAGAUCAGUCGCCAGUUGUGUGAUCACACUGAUGUGACUUUUCGACAAUGAAAUCUGUUACGUUCCGGGUAGCGCGGACGUCGUAAAAAUACAUAUGGAUCUGCCUGACUGGACGCUAGUAAAGAGAUUCAUUAACGAGACGGCAUGUUCGUAAGAGUCUGGCCGCGCAUCGUCACGUGGGAUGAAUGAGGAAGAAUUGUUAAAACGAUCUGCCGCAGAGCGCGAUAGGAUUUUCAGCUGCUAUGAUCGUGGUCGGGAAGGUGCCGAGAUAGAUCCCUGGGAAGACCCUGGUUAUGAGGUCUAUCAUACUACAGACAGAUAUGGAUUCAUACACGAUAAGAGAUUACCACAGAAGCGGGAUGCAUACGAGGUCAAAUUGCACCACGUGGAGAUGGAGAGAUUGAAGAAAUGGGAGAAGAUGACGAAGCAAUGGGAUAGUGUUUCGACCAAGGAGAAACUACGUCGUAGGAUAUACAAAGGAAUCCCUAACAGAUUUCGUGGUCAAGUAUGGGCUCUGCUUCUGGGCAUAAAGAACCUGAAGAAGGAGAAGGCCGGCAAAUACGAGGAGAUGCUGCAACUGGCCCGUCAAUGGUCCACGGAGAUACGGCAGAUCGAUGCCGACGUCGCCAGACAAUACAGAGAUCAUAUUAACUAUAGAGAGAGAUAUAGCAUAAAACAAAAGUCCAUGUUCUACGUACUAGCCGCUUACAGUAUGUACAACAUGGAGGUAGGAUAUUGCCAAGGAAUGUCUGUGCUAGCCGGUUUGCUGCUGCUCUACAUGGAUGAGGAGGACGCUUUUUGGGGCCUUUCUGUGUUACUUGCCGAUCCAAAAUACAGCAUGCACGGCUUUUACGUCGACGGAUUUCCAAAGUUAAACCGCUUCAUAGAGCACCAUGACAAGAUAAUGAACAAAUCUUUGCCGAAACUAAAACGGAAGAUGGACAAGUGCGGUUGCGAUUCCAUACUCUAUGCAUUGAAGUGGUUCUUUGUUGUCUUUCAGGAGAGAACUCCCGUUAGCCUCGGUCUCCGCAUUUGGGACAUAUUUCUAUUGGAGGGUGACCGCAUAUUACCGGCGAUGGCGUAUACCGUGAUGAAGUUGCACAAACGUUACCUGAUGCCGAUGGAGAGCCUCGAUGAGUUUUGUAAUUAUUUGCAAAUCAAGCUGGAGAAAGAUUUUAGCUUCGACGACGACACCGUGAUAAGUGCGAUGGAGCGCAACAUGGAAGAGUUGAAGCGUGCCAAAUUAGACUACCCGGGCAAUCCAUUGCCGCAGGAACUACCCCGGUAUCCAUUUGGCACUUUCCAGGAGCCUACUUUUACCAACAAGGUUGGAAGACGAAGUGAGGAGUUUAGCGAAGCUCAGCAUGUAAUGCGAGAGUCUGUGGCGCAGCGCAGGGACAUGGCACUGAUCGACGAUGGUAGAGAGAGCACGACGCCUGUCGAGCCGGCCAGUGGUCUUGGUGGAAGCAAGUUCUCUUUCGAUCCGAGUCUCGAAGAGGGUGCGUCUCCCAACGGCUCUCGUCGGUCAUUGGCAGAAACGUCGGUGACGUCGACGGCCGAUCUGUCGGUAUUUAGCUCGGCGACGCGUUCCCAGGCUCUGGACAACAGUCUAGACACUCAGAGUAAUAUCUCGAAUGCGAGCUCGGGCAGUGGUGGUUUGCCAACGCCGCGGGCGACGCCGCAUCAGCCUAGCCCAGACGUGGUGCGGAUUUACGUGCCGUACACGUCGCCCACAUACACGUCAUCGGCGGUGGCUUCUUUCAAGGACGACCUGCCACGCACACUGCCCCGCUCUCUGGACACCAACAAGAUCCGCAUCCGCGUUGAUCCAGACCAGACGCCCAUCGUCGAGAAUUUGAAACCAUUCACGUUGGAGAGUCCGGAAGUGGAGCUGGACUUGAAGUAGAAAGUGAGUCGAUCAAGUUGUUCAUGCGAAUGAAAAGUUGUAAAUGGCCGUAAUGUGCAUACGAUACGCUUGGGCAUUCUAGAAGUCGCGCGUUCCAAUACGUUGGCCAAUACGAGGGCAAUGUCAUGACGUUAAAGGCGUCCAUUCAAAAGAUUUUUUCUUUUGGGUAGUUGAUCAAAUAUUGAGUAUUAGUGUCGCUUAAUAUAAUUAUUUAAUAUUUUAAUGUCUAUUUUUAUCAAGAUAAAUUAAUUUCGGUUUAAUUCACUUCUUUCUUUAGCUCUAAUAAUUAGAAAAAGAUAAAAAGUGAGUUAAAUACAGAGCAAAGUUAAACUACAUUGGUGGAAAUGGACAUGAUGCCUGUUUGCACCAAUAUAUAUUAACUUUAAAUUUGUUUUUAAACUUAUUUUCUAUCUUUCUAGUUCUAAAGAUUAAAAAAAAAAGGAUAAAAAAUAAGUUAGACCAAGAUUAAAGUUAAUCUAUAUUAGAAUAAACGGAUCUAACUUACAAGGAAGGUUUGCAAACCCGGAAAUUCAAAAAAUUUUGAAAUUUUGUGUAGACACAUAGAGAAGUUUAUCCAUAACACAAAAAUAUUUUUUGUUUGUGCCCAAUUUCAGUUUACGGGGGUAAAACGCUCCUUUGAAGAAAA